GCAUGUGCACGUCACGGCGCGAGAUCUGUGCGGAAUUCCGUUGCAUCAUAAGAUGAUCUUUGAAAUCGACGAAGUAUUCGAUGGAAUAUAACCUGAGGCGUGCUGCAGCUUAGACGUCGUUAUACAGACCUCAUAUCACCUAGCACCGACUCUUCAUGGCCCCCAAAAAGAUCCUCCUCCUCGGCGCCACCGGCGAAGCCGGCAUCGCGACGAUCCAGUACGCGCUCUCGUCGACGCGCGACGUCGAGAUCCUAGUGUAUGCGCGCAGCCCCGCCAAGAUCCCGGAAGAGCUGCGGGCCGACAGCCGCGUUCGGAUCCUGCCCGGCGGGGAGCUGUCGGAUACGGCCGCGUUGCGUGACGCGGUCGCGCAGAAGCCCGAUGCCAUCGUGUCGCUGCUCGGACCGCCCCCGAGCGAGAUCGGAAAGUGGAUGAACCCGUGGGGCGCCGGAAAGGAAUUGGUGUUUGCAAAUACCUACAGAGUCAUCGUUGAUGCUAUGAAGGAGUUUGGUGUUAGGAGGAUCCUCGUCAUGGGCACCAUCUCCAUUGAAGACGAGAAGGACAAGAGCUCCUUUGGCCGCAGUUUGAUGGUGUGGGUUGUGUGGGCGGUCAUUCACAAUGCUUGGAGAAACAUCAUUGCCGUGCGCGACUACUUCGAUACUAUCAAGCGCGAGGACGGCAUCGACUGGACGAUCUUCCGGCUUGGUGGCGUCUUGAACGGUGACUUUCAAGCAGUGACGGACGGGUACGUCGGAGACGGGAAUACGACGCUGUCUGUCAGGAGGAGCGAGCUAGCUCAGUGGUUGGUGGAGCAGGCUGUCAAGGACGAGCCGGAGUGGGUCUGCGAGAAGCCGAUGGUCUCCAGUGCUUCGAAGCAGAAGGUCUGAACGUAGUAUCUAUAUACGAGCUUGUUCUUCCGACAGUAUCAAUCAUUAUCGUC